AUAAAUUCAGGAAGUGAAGGGCAACAUCUCGCAGCAGCAGUGAAGAGCAGAAGUUCUUGCGUCAACAGUGAUUGAACGGAAUUUCUGUCUUCGACCCGCAUUUUUCCUCUACUUUUUUCCCUAUAACGAAGUCCCUUUUCUAACCGAACACUACUAAAGUUUGUAUUUUUGUACUGUUUUGUUAAGAAAAGCAAGAAAACCAGCCGCUGAAAUGGAGUCCCAAGUGCGUCAGAACUACCACCGCGACUGUGAGGCCGCCAUCAACAGGAUGGUGAACAUGGAGAUGUUUGCGUCCUACACCUACACCUCCAUGGGCUUUUACUUCUGUCGUGAUGACGUGGCCCUUCCAGGUUUUGCUCACUUCUUCAAGCAUGAGAGUCAUGAAGAGAGGGAGCACGCUGAGAAGCUGCUGUCCUUCCAGAACAAGAGAGGAGGACGCAUCUUCCUCCAGGACAUCAAGAAACCAGACCGUGAUGAGUGGGGCAGUGGGCUGGAGGCCAUGCAGUGUGCUCUUCAGCUGGAGAAGAACGUCAACCAGGCUCUGCUGGACCUGCACAAACUGGCCUCUCAGCACCAGGACCCUCAUCUGUGUGACUUCCUGGAGACCCACUACCUGAACCAACAGAUGGAGACCAUCAAGAAGUUGGGUGACUACAUCACCAACCUCACCAAGAUGGAUGCUCAGAACAACAAGAUGGCAGAGUACCUGUUUGACAAGCACACACUGGAGGGCAAGAGCUAAACCGGCUUUCUCAGUAUUAAAUGCUGUAUUAAAGUCCUUGUGUGUUGUAGUGCUUACUGUACUAUGUAUUUGAAAUAUCAAGUGGACAGACUGAUUUACAGCUGUCUUUUUUGUGACAUUUUUCAUUCACAAUGUUUGAGCUAUCGGAAUGAAUAAACCUUGCAAGCUGGA